UAAGGUGUACAGGUCGCCACCAUGGACGUGGACGUUAAGCCAUGUGUUAGUGUUGAUGACAAGAGAUUAAUCCACUCAGUUCAAACAGCCGGGGGGCCACUAGUGAACAUUAAACCCUUAAUAUCUACAGACUCCAAAUUUUUAUUGACAGCAUCAGAGAGAAAUAUCAAAGUAUUUGGGACUACCACUGGAAACCUUUUAAAAGAGUUUAUCCACCAUGAGGCCAAGGUCAUUGGUGUGAUGCCAUCCGGGAUUGUAGAUGACCAGUAUGUGUCAUGUGAUGAGAACGGUGUUGUGUGUUUCUGGGAUUUACAUAAUGAAAAUAGAAAUGAGGAAAUACAAAAGUUUGCCUUGAUCAGGAAUGAAAAAAAACUCAAGUCAAAGGUUGUAUCCUUCCAUUUCUGUGCUAAGCUUAAAAUAUUGUUUGCAGUACAUCAACGUGACAAUGAGACACAAAAAGGAUAUUUGCUCAAGUACAUGUUUCCUCCUCUCGACACCAUUAAACAUUCUGUUGUUUCUCCAGAUGUAUUGCUGGGUCCAGGCCAGUUUUCAGUUUCAAAUUCUGGGGAUUACCUAGCACAUCUGUCACCAGAGGGACUCGUCAUUUAUGGUGUGGGUGUCAAACUUCAAGAUUGUAAGCGGAGAAGGCAUCUGGUUGACACUCGCUUCCUGACUUGUCUGGCCUUUCAUCCUACUCAAGAUGUGAUAGCAACUGGGGACAUUACAGGACGUAUUGUUCUUUGGUAUGAGUUUGCAUCCGCCACACCUACAAAAAUGGAACUCCACUGGCACAUGCUGCCAGUGGUUGAUCUUGCAUUUUCUUUCACAGGAAAUGUACUUUAUAGUGGUGGAGGGGAGAGUGUGCUAGUGAAGUGGCAACUCACUGAACAGAAGCGUUACUUUCUUCCACGCCUGGGGAUGCGCAUCAAGUUCAUAGCCACAGAUACACUGAACAAUUAUGUAGUAGCUUCACUUUCUGAUAAUGGCAUUGCAGUGAUUUCUUCAAAGGAGUUCAGAUUUGAGGGGAUCAUCCAGGGUCUCUCAAUGAACAUAGAGAGGUCCCGUUCUUUUCCUGCAGGAAUUAUUUAUGACCCACGCACCAGGGCUAUUAUCUUAAAUGGCAGGAUGGGUCAUGUUCAGUUUUAUGACUUUCACCACAGCAGCCAGCUUUACCAUUUGGAUAUAACAAUGAAUAAUUUCUACACUCAAGAGAGGUUUGAGGUAAUUCAGAACACGGAUGUGGAGCAGGUGGCUAUUUCCCAAGAUGGGCAUUGGCUGGCCACCUUUGAAUACAGAGAGGAUUUGCAAGCCUCUUCAGAACUCCGUCUUAAAUUCUGGAACUUUGCAAAGGAGGACCAGAACUGGUACCUCAACACCUCUAUCGAAAUGCCACAUGAUAAGUUUGUUAAUGGCAUCAUGUUCCAGCCAACUCCAGCAGCAGGACAGACACCACUCUGUGUUUCAUGUGGAGAUGAUGGAAAGUUAAAGAUUUGGAAGGAAAAUGAUACUUCUGAUUUGUAUGGGAAAAAAAGUUCCUGGGGUUGCUCUGGCACAGGCUUUUACCGGCACCUACCAGCAACAGCAAUAUGUAUAUCUCCUGAUGGCUCACUCAUUGCUGCUGGUUUUGGCAGCAUUCUUACAUUCUGGCUGCCUGAGAACUGUCACCUCAAAGGCACAUUGUCACAGCCAUAUCUCACUGAGAAAAUAAAACAGAUUGAAUUUGGUCAUGGUGAAGGCUGUGGCUCCAUGGUUGUAACUCGCACUGAGAACUGGGUGUGUUCAUGGGAUCUGUUUACCUGCACACUCUACUGGAGAGUCAGCAUUUCCUCAACAUGUUUAGCAGCUGAUCCACUGUCUUCUCACAUGGCUGUCUUCUCAAAGAACUGUCAUGUGUUUGUGUUUGAGCCACACAGCAGUAAGUUGGUGACAUGGCAGUGCAAUAUUGACACUUGUCCAGCCAUUUCAGCAGCCUUCAUCCCUCGCCUCCAAAAAUCUGAUUCAACGGCUUCUUGGAAUGAACAAAGUGCUCUGAUUUAUAUCAAUGAAAAUCAGACACUGAAAACUCUUCAUGUGAAUGAGGAUUCAAGUAUACCCAAUGACAAGAUAGACAGAAGCAUGAGACAGUUAGUGCUGGAAACAGAUGCACUUCCAGCACCCACUCCGUUCUCUGCUCUCAUUGCCCAGACACGUACGUCCUACGACACUGAGAUACAAACCCAGCAGUCAGGCUCAGCUGCUUUUGGAGUUCAACUGGAAAAAUCAACAGCACUAAUACAACAGGUUCUGAAUGAGGCGAGAGUAUAUCGAAUUGACUCAUUUGCACAUAUGACCUCUGAGUUCUGCAAGCAGAUCAUCCCUGAAGCAGUUACCAGUAAAGAAAUACAAGAGAAAGAAGACUUUGUUACUAAGAUAAAGGAAAGUGAAAAUGUACAUUUAAAAACAAAAAAGAAGGUAUCAAAGAGAAGAAAGUCAAAAGUUAAAAGCAUUGCUGACAGUGAUUUUAGUGACCUCAUGAAAGUAUUGGCAAUAUGAAGACUUUGUACAGUAUUACUAUUUAUAAUGUUUAAGUUGUACCUUUUGCAGUAAAUACAAGUUAACGCUUCUUUGAAAGAGACAAUGAUGAUUGGAACUACAACUCACAAUAAAAAAUACGAAAGUA